GGUGUUUAAAAACUACUGUAUCGGUAUAAAUGGUAUAUUUUCAAGAGCUAAAUAGUACAUUUCGAAAAAGACUCUGGCCACACUUCUCGGGGCCAGCUGUUCGCGCAUGCAUGUGUAUGGGUGCGGAUUCUUAGCUAAAGGAAAAUCGUCACUUUCGGGGGAUAUACGAUUUUACAUAAGUUGGGCAUGCCCGUACACACCUAGCGCCAUAGAUCGAGAUCGGAUCGGGUCCAUCCUCUCCAGCGCCCCAUCUCUGUUAGUCGAGAGAAGAAUAAAGAAGACUGCUGCCCCUCGUGUGUGUAUGUGUGAGCGUGUGUGUAUGUGAAAAACCAGCAACUGUGAAAAUCUAACCAAAAAUAAGACCAAGGUGCACACAGUUGCAGACGAAGAUUCGCAGCCCAAUUUUUCCAGGAGGAAGAGCAGUCAUCCUAUAAGAACCCGUUACUUUUCGCGUUUCCGCAGGAUUGUGCCAGAAUGGCGGAUGCCCAGUCAGCGGCGGCCGGAAAGAAGAAGUACAAGAACAAAAAGAAGGAUUUGGAUAAGAAUCCCAAUUCCGGUGUCCUAGUAGACCCACAGACACCCAGCAACGGACAUGACCAGCAGGACGAAGCGGUCACGUCCGCGGAGCAGGAGGAUUUGAAGCUGAGGGGCCUACUCAAACAGCUGCAUCUCUGCAAUGGCCAUGGCGCCAAGGAGCAGGCUCCACCGCCCGCGGAGGUGCUCAAUGGUCAUGCACAUGGCCAUAGCAACAACAAUCACAUACGAAGCAUUUGUGGCAACCACAACAAUAACGGCAGUCACAAUAACAACAGCGUGGACAGCAGCAAUAACAAUAGUAAGGAGCGGAAUGGAGAAGGAUCUGGUACCCUCCAUUCAGACGAGGAGGAGAAGUCCAUAACAGCCACAAGCAUAACCACUGCCAACAUACAAACAGCCACAGGGACGGGCACAAUGACAACAGAAUCGGAAAAAGAGGUUGCAAAAAAGAAAGACCAAGUGGCGACGGGGAGUUGCAAUAGCCCGGAAAAGAAGGAGGGUCUGCUUCCCACCACCUCUGAAGGGGCCACGCCCACCAUUACAGCAGAACCCCAGCUUCAAGAACCUGCCAUUUCAGCCGACGAGAUCGUGUACAAGGAAUAUGAGGCAGAGUACCAAAUGCAUGACAUCAUGCGACUGAUCCAGGCGGAGCUGUCUGAGCCCUACUCGAUAUAUACGUACCGCUACUUUAUCUACAACUGGCCAAAACUCUGCUUCCUCGCCUCGCACGACAAUCAAUACGUGGGUGCCAUCGUGUGCAAGCUAGACAUGCACAUGAACGUGCGGCGCGGCUACAUUGCCAUGCUAGCCGUGCGCAAGGAGUAUCGCAAGCUCAAGAUCGGCACCACACUGGUCACCAAGGCCAUAGAGGCCAUGCUUGCGGACAAUGCCGACGAGGUGGUGCUGGAGACGGAAAUGCGGAAUGAGCCGGCUUUGCGGCUCUACGAGAACUUGGGCUUCGUGCGUGAUAAGCGACUGUUUCGAUACUAUCUCAAUGGAGUCGACGCGCUGCGGCUGAAGUUAUGGUUCAGAUGAGUGGACCCGGCGGCUGCCCUUGAAAUUGUUGUCUAAGUAGCCGCCGAAGAUGUCUAGCUCUGCAGUGCGGAGGAGCAGGGCGCACCCCCGCUCGUCUGGCCAGCCGGCAGCUUGUUUCGGCGCCCUCUUUUUUGUACCUAUUUAACUAGGAAGCAUCGUAGCAUCAUUUUUUUUUUCCUGCCCCUGUCUCUCUUUCAUUUGUAAAUUAUUUUAUUAUAUAGCAGGAGCAGCAGAAAAAGCAACAUCUGCAUAAGAACAGAUCAGAUCAGUUAAGCAUAAAGCAGCACACAACGGACCCAAAAUUUGAUUAAUUUUACAGAAGGCAAUUUGUAUGCAAUACGUGAUUUACAUGCAUAAAAUUAUACAUUUAAAGAUACAUUAGUUAUGUACAUUAAAAAACGUUUACAAAAAUCAAUCUAGAGAAUAGACAACAACUUGCAGCAGCAGCAGCAGCACAGCAAACACUGAUCCACAUACAUUACAAAGAUAUAAACAUAGAAUCAAAUUUUGUAAAAAGAUUGAUCAAAAGCAGAGAUCAUGCUAAAGCAAAGAUUACGAAACAUACGAGUAAAGUAUAUCAAAAGGAACAAUUGGAAGAAAGAACAAAGAACAGAAAAACAUCAACACCUCUCACACACGGCAUAUACAUGAAUGGUUUUCUGUGCGGAGGAUGAAACAAAUCGUCGUUUGGUCUUUUAGAACUUCUCUGUGCUCUCCAGCGUUGUUAUCGCCUAAAAUCAGGACACAGGUACACAUAAAUGUAGCGAUAAGAAUGAGGAUGCGGUGAGUGCCGAGUAAUAUUGAAAGAAUGCAAUAAAAACUUCAACAAUUACGAAAA